AUGGCCGCCAACAAACGAGUGCUGUAUGUCGGUGGUCUGGCUGAAGAGGUGGAUGAGAAGGUGAUGCAUGCGGCGUUUAUCCCCUUUGGAGACAUCAUAGACAUCCAGAUACCGCUCGAUUAUGAGACCGAGAAGCACAGGGGGUUUGCUUUCAUUGAGUUUGAACUGGCAGAGGAUGCUGCAGCAGCCAUUGAUAACAUGAAUGAGUCUGAGCUUUUUGGACGGACGGUCCGGGUCAACAUCGCCAAGCCCAUGAGAAUCAAAGAAGGUUCUUCUCGACCAGUCUGGUCGGAUGAUGACUGGCUGAAGAAGUUCUCAGGGAAGACGAUAGAAGAAGCCGAGGCGGAGGCUGCAGGUGGAGAAACGACCAACACAGAGACGCAGGAGGCCGAGCCCCCGGCUAAAAAGGGCAGAGUUAAUCCUCAGGUCUACAUGGACAUUAAGAUCGGAAACAAGCCGGCAGGAAGGCUACGCUUCCUUCUGCGGGCUGAUAUUGUUCCAAUGACAGCAGAAAACUUCCGCUGCCUGUGUACACACGAGAAAGGCUUCGGCUUCAAAGGCAGCAGCUUCCACCGCAUCAUCCCUCAGUUUAUGUGCCAAGGAGGCGACUUCACCAACCACAACGGCACCGGCGGCAAGUCCAUCUACGGCAAGAAGUUUGACGACGAGAACUUCGUCCUGAAACACACAGCUCCAGGACAGCUCUCCAUGGCCAACUCCGGGCCAAACAGUAACGGCUCCCAGUUUUUCAUCACCACCGACAAAACGGACUGGCUGGACGGCAAACACGUGGUGUUUGGAGAUCUGGUGGAAGGCAUGGAUGUGGUCCGUGCAAUGGAGGCUCAAGGGACAAAAGAUGGGAAACCCAAGCAGAAAGUGAUCAUUUCAGACUGUGGAGAAUAUGUGUGAAUGAGUAAAAGUACAUUUUUGUGUAAAUGUGUGUGAGAGCACGAGUGUGUUCAUGUGUCUUUGAACUCACGUCCUCUGCCAUGUAAAUAUUUCAAUAAACACAGUUUUUCUACAAGUCAUACUUUUAUAAA